AUGCCUUGGACACAAACAGCCUGUUCGAUGCUACCGGACGUCUUGCCAGCAAACUGUCUGGCUAGGCUUAAGGCCUUGAUUCGAGGCCGGGCAAACGAGGCCAGCCCAGAACGCCUCAAUGCCAGUGAUCCGUCGACAAGGAUGACCCCACCGCUUGUCCACAAAGAGCUCUUGCUCCAGACGGCUACAAGUAGUCGCCAUAGACUCAACUCCAAGGUCGAGAUGUAUUGA